GCUGACGUCACACAAUACUUUUGUUUACAUUUUCUGGUUCGUGACGUUUUAGGUUAUUUCAACUUUACAAAUUUACAAAUUCGGAAGACUUUGAGCGUUGUUUUGUUUUUUGUGAAAACUGAUAAAAAAAAGUUAUAAAUUAAAGAAAAAAAUGAGUGCAGUGGUUAAUUGUGCUAGUGUAAGUGCUAAAGGAUCUGGGUGCGCUUUUUUUACUUUUCCGGCCGACAUUGAGUUGGUGGACGAUUUUCAACGCCCGAACCAGCGUCAUCUGUGUAAAACACUUCACCACUGAUGACUUCGAGAACGAGCUUCAAUAUAAAAUGGGUAAGUUAUACUAUUUAAUUCGCCAAUAAGCGCUUAUUGGAUUUCGUGAGGAUGGUGUGACUCAGGAGUAAAUUUCACGAAAGGUAGCCGCCCUCAUCGUAAAUAUGAAACCCCCCGGAAGCUUAUAUUUUUCACUUUUCAUUAAUACUGCUUUUUAUUAAAAGAAAUGUUUUAAAUUGUGUUAGGCUACGCUAAAAAGCGUAAACUAAAGCGGGGCGUUGUGCCGACAAUUUUCAAGCCUGCUGCGGAAAUACUAGAUCCUGACAAGGAAGCCCAGCAGCAAGUGUACAAAACCAUUGUGAGCGAUCUACUGGAGCAGUCCACUUCCAAAGGCAUUACAAGUUUAUAUAGUUGAAGUUCUCCUAGUUAUAAAAAAGUACAUUUCAGAAGCCGAAGGUAUUAUGGGCCAUAACCGCGCUGACGAGGAGAACUGUGGCAUAUUGCCAGAUGCGUUGACGCCUCUGUGUUCCCCACAUCGUGCCACACCUAGCAAGGCGUUUUACUAUGACAGCACGCUUAAGGAGGUUGAAGAUCUGCAAGAAAAAUUACGAGCUUCAUUACGCGAAAACGCUUUUCUCAAAAGCGAACACAGCAGGCAACAAAGCGAGAUUGCGGCUUUAAAGCGAGAAGCGCAUUUGCAGCAGGAAAGGCAUGACUGGGAAGUGGAGUCCUUGCGUAAGAGCUUGUCGGAGGUGAGAAUGGAGUUGGCAAGUGUGGAAGAAAA